GGUGUUAACAAGGCUACAUGAGAAGGACAAUUUUGUUUGGACCAGAAAAAAAGCAACAAGGAGGCCAAGGCUACCUUAAUCCAAACAUGAUUUAUAACUGAUAUUGCAAACAGUGAACACUAAAAUUAAUCUAAUCACUUAUGAAUUUCAGCUUAUAGUUACAGUACAAAAUUCCCCAAAGGAUAAGCUGAAAACAGGAGGAGACACCCAUAAUGCAAGCACUUGGAUGAAUGUGUUAAAAUCGCUUGUUGUCGCAAAAUACAAAAAUGGAAUUUUACAGUAUAGCGAAGGGAGUACUACAUUUCAUCAAUACCGUCUUCAUGCUUGCGGGACUAGGCGUCUUCGUCCUGGGUGCGCUGGUGAAGUGGUAUCCCGAUUUCCUCAAGUCUCAGCUCCCGGAGAUGCUGGGCAGCGUGGGCGGGCCUAGGUUUGACCUGGCCGCCAUAUUCCAGGACCUGGCCACUAUUUGCUUGGUGAUUGGAGCGGUAUUACUAGCUAUAGGACUGACCGGUUUCAUAGGCAUGUGUGCCAAGAAACAGGCCCUACUGCUGCUGUACGCCGUUGUUUUAACUUGCAUAGUUCUGGCAGAGUCAGUGGUGGUCAUUAUGAUGUUUGUUGCAGAAGACCAGUUAAUAUCUUACGUUCAGAAUGGCAUGAACACUACGAUCAAAGACAGUUUUAGGGGUUAUAAUGGCGGUGAUGCAAUUUCAAUAGCUUGGAAUUUCUUUCAAGUACAGUUUUCUUGUUGCGGCGUCGUAAACUUCCGCGACUUUCACAAUGCGCCUUUAUGGACAGCGACUUAUGUGUCGGACAGUGCCACGUAUUCGAACAUCGCUCUUCCAGCUUCUUGUUGCCAUAAUGCCACCUUGUUUUUAAACGGCACAGUUCAUCUGACAGAUAUCAACGCAAGGAACUGCUUUGUGAUAUCGCCGGGAAAUUCCUCUUACUCAGAGGAGGUGAGUAGUGUAUGA